UUGAAUAAAACAAGCAUGCACGCUCUGGUGAACGCCUUCAUGCGUUGCCUCUCCUUCCUGCUGCCCCCCUCCUGGCUGUGUGUCAGCCUGUGCUUGUGGGCCAGUGAGUGCGAACAGACGCCGCCACGGUCCAAUCCCAGAGCUCGCUUCCGAGCUACAAAGCCUCUUACAUAUGAGGAAGUAGUCGCAGUAGCCGCGGCGGUACACGGUGGCGGCGGUGGUGGUGGUGCUGAUGCCUCCUCCUCCUCCCCUUGCAGCCCGUCGGCCUCCCCAGCUCCAGGCUGCGUCUCGCCGGCUCCGCAGGCCGCUCCGUCGGACACUCGGAUCUGGUUCGGUCUCGCGUGGCAAGCCGUGGAGCGCGUCUUGGGAGCUCCGCGGGUCCUUCUCGACGAUAGUAGCAGUCGAUCGGCGUCAAGUCCCGCCCGCCUCCUUGACUCGAGCUCGGCUUCUGGAGGCGCCUACACCGACCCCGGGGCGAACAUGAGCGCGGCCGCGGGGAUCCCGAGCCCGAGCCCCAGUCUCGGUCUCAGCCCGUGCUCCCCCGACUCGUCCGAAGAGGUCAUCACCGUGGACCACCAGCUCUCUCAGGAGAUGGGUACGGUGACCAUCACGGUGGCCAUCCAGGCGGCAGAGGACGAGGAGCCCGAGGAAUUCUCGCCCGGGCAUGGCGACUUUAUCGGCGGCAGCUGCAGCGAGGACGAAUUCGGGAAGCACGACAAGUCGAGUGGUGCUGGGACCAGCGGCGGGGAGCUGGAGGAGGAGAGCUGGCAGCCUCCUGACCCAGAGCUCAUCCACAAGCUGGUGACCCAGAUUGAGUACUACCUGUCGGACGAAAACCUGGAGCACGACGCCUUCCUUCUCAAACACGUGCGACGCAACAAGCUGGGCUUUGUCAGUGUCAAGUUGUUGACCUCCUUCAAAAAGGUGAAACACUUGACUCGCGACUGGAGAACGACUGCUUUUGCCCUGAGACAAUCCAACCUCCUGGAGCUCAACGACGAGGGCGGGAAAGUGCGGCGUAAAACGGCCGUGCCGGUCUUCGCCAGCGAAUCGCUGCCCAGUCGCAUGCUGCUGCUGAGCGAGCUGCAUCGCUGGCCUGAGCUGGCCCAGCUCACGGAGAACGGAGGCGGAGGCGGGGGCGGCGAGAGCGGUGCCGCUCAGCAGGAGCAGCUGAUGAAGCUGCUGCUCAAAGCCUUCGGGACAUACGGCGCCAUCGCGUCGGUCCGCGUCCUCAAACCCGGCAAGGACCUGCCGGCCGACCUGAAGAGGCUGAGCGGCCGCUACGCCCAGCUGGGCACCGAGGAGUGCGCCAUCGUGGAGUUCGAGGAGGUGGAGGCGGCCGUCAAAGCCAACGAGGCAGCGGGUGGCGCGGACGGCGGCUCGCCGGGCUUGAAGGUGGUCCUGAUUGGCACCAAACCUCCCAAAAAGAAAGUCCAGAAGGAGCGGUCCGGCGAGGACGCCCCCCCCACAGGGAUGCGCAAAAGCCGCUCGCUCAACAGCCGAGUCCGAGAGCUACAAUACCACGCGGACGACUCCGCCUGCAGUUCCUCGGACACGGAGAGCACGCCCACGUCGCCCCGGCCGGCCCGCAAGUCCCAGUCCUGCAACAAGCUCAGCCCCACGGCCGCGGGCGUCGCCUUCCAGAACAAUCACCUGUCACCCCGCAACAGUCCGUGGUCCAGCCCCCGCGCCAGUCCCUGCCUCCAGCGCAAAUCGGCCCACUCCCACAAAUCGCCCUUAGUCGGCCAGGGCCGACUCAGCCCCGAACCCGGGCGCCGCUGGGCCGACUACUCGUCCGACAGCAGCCUGACGCCGUCGGGCAGCCCGUGGGUGCAAAGGCGCAAGCAGGUGGCUUCGCAGGAGAGUAGUCCGGUGGGGAGCCCGAUGCUGGGCCGCAAGAUCCAAAAUGCGGACGGCCUGCCCCCGGGCGUCACCAGGCUCCCGCGCGGUCCCGACGGAACCCGCGGGUUCCACUGCGGACCGCUCGCCGAGAGAGGCAAGAGCGCCGCCACCCAGACUUGACGUGUAAAAUGCAUCCUGCUCGUGCCUAACCUGAGCGGCCCCCUCGCCUCUUAUUUGACACUGCAGAUCUAUUUUUCUUUUUUUUUGUUAAGUGGCUUGUUCUAUUUUUAUACAAAAUUUUGUGUUGACUUGGUGGCAUUAGUUCUUUGCUAAUGGAAAUUUGAGUGGAUUUAAGUUGUUGUUGCUUCAAGAGAACUUCCCCUACAUCCAUCUAAAAAAAAUAAAUAAAUGUCACAGGAGCUGUGGGAUUUUUUUUUGGGGGGGGGGGUGUUUUUUUUGCCCCCAAUGACCCUCCUCUUUUAAAUCGAAGUGUACUGUCCUUAUGUGCGACAACCUCACACUAUGAAUUGGUGUGUUGAUACGUACGUGGAGAUCACCGUAUGCCUUUUUUGUGUCGGUCUGCAUUUUGACGUGCUAUUUUAAGGAGAAGUCAACAAAAACAAUUGAUGACAAUAAUGUAAAGUGCGGUCACACUCGUCUAAACACGGUUUUCUGAUUUAUUGUUGCGUUUAUGGAACAUGAAUUUAGCAGCAAAGUCCACUUUUUUUUUUAAUCCUUUUCAGGGGGCAGCCAUUUUGCCGCUUGCUGUCGACUGAAAAUAAAAUCACAGUUGCGUAGACAAUGACCAAUCACGCCACACCUGUUUGGUCAUGUGACAUUCGCAUACAGAGCCGUGAUUGGUUAUUUGAGCGCUUCAGCGACUGUGACGUCAUUUUCAGUCGACAGCAAGUGGCAAAUCGGUCGUCACCUGAGAUGGACAAAAAAAAUUGGUUUUUGCUACUUAAUUAAUAUUCCACUAAUGCAGUAUUAAUCUGAAUACUGUGUUUCGGACUCGUGGGGCCGCAUAGAACUUUAUUGUAAACUUUAUUUUUACAAGGCCAUGAUCUCUCCAGGUCGGACAGUUCAUUUCUCUUUUAAUUUACACUUAUUUAAUUUCAGAUCUACUUAUGGCAAUGGAAGGGCCUCUUUUAGCCGUGAAUAUUUUUUUCAACAAGUAUAGUUUGUUUAUUUAUAUUGAGGGUUGUUUUUUUUUCAAACAGAACUUAAUUUCUCCUCAGAGUGAGGGUGAGGGAUGCUCAGGUCAAGCAAGAAGAGAUGUUCCCAUGUUUGCGCUACACCUGAGCUGGGGUUGUUUGUACAGUGCAAAUCCCGUCGUGCAAAUAAAGCACUGAAACUGCA